AUGGCGGACGAGGCCGAGCUCGCGGCGGACCAGCACGUCCGCUACAUCGUCACCGUGGAGAAGGUAACGAGCGCGGCCACCGCGCCCUUCCCGCCCUACGCCCCCUCGACUCCUCCGUCCGCUUUCCAACGCCCGCUGUUGUCGUCGGCGCAGAAGAAGGACUCGUUCGAGUCGUUGGUGAUGGAGCACAUCCGCCUCAACGGCGCCUACUGGGGCCUCACCACGCUCGACCUCCUCCACAAGCUCCACGCCGUCGACGCCGCCGAGGUCGUCGACUGGAUCAUGUCCUGCUACCACCCCGAAUCUGGCGGAUUUGGAGGAAACGUUGGGCACGAUCCGCAUGUCCUCUACACGCUUAGCGCCGUGCAGGUCCUCUGCCUCUUCGAUCGGCUCGAUGUCCUUGAUGUCGACAAGGUUGCUGAUUAUGUCGCCGGACUGCAAAACAAGGAUGGAUCAUUUUCUGGCGAUAUUUGGGGUGAAGUUGACACUAGGUUCUCGUAUAUUGCCCUAUGCACCUUAUCAUUACUGCACCGUCUGCAUAAAAUCGAUGUGCAAAAAGCUGUCGAUUUCAUUGUUAGCUGUAAGAACUUGGAUGGUGGAUUUGGUGCUAUGCCAGGAGGGGAAUCUCAUGCUGGACAAAUAUUUUGUUGUGUCGGUGCACUUGCAAUCACCGGUUCUCUCCAACACAUUGAUAGAGAUCUCCUCGGAUGGUGGCUCUGUGAGCGCCAGUGUAAAGAUGGAGGACUUAAUGGGCGGCCUGAGAAACUAGCUGAUGUUUGCUACUCAUGGUGGGUUUUAUCAAGCCUAGUAAUGAUUGAUAGAGUGCAUUGGAUUGACAAGGAGAAGUUAACUAAAUUCAUACUAAACUGUCAGGACAAAGAGAAUGGUGGCAUUUCAGAUAGACCAGAUAAUGCAGUCGAUAUCUAUCACACAUACUUUGGAAUUGCAGGGCUUUCAUUAAUGGAGUACCCUGGGGUGAAGCCUUUGGAUCCUGCCUAUGCACUGCCAUUGGAUGUUGUCAAUCGGAUUUUCUUGAAAAAAUAG